AUGCCUGUUCUAACCAAAACUUGCCGGAUGGCAUUGUCCGCUAACGAAGUGUGGGGAGCGAUUUCUGCUGCCACAAAUAUGUACCCGGCCGCCAUGCCUAACCUGAUUGCAGGCAUCCGAGUGACCAGCCGAGACGGUGUUACUGCCGGUUCGGUUCGGGAGAUCACUUUUGGAACUGCCACAGCAGGUAUGGUCAGCCAGGCGACCGAGCAGAUUACCAGGGUCGACCAUGCCACUCGAACCGUCGAAUCCACCUUUAACAAUGAUAGGAACUUCGUGGGCAGACACUUUCGUUCUGCCUCCUUGGUCGUAAAGGUGGAUCCCAACAACGUCGACGAUGGCCCCAACUCUCGAGGUUCCACAAUCACCUGGACUUUGACCUACUCAUGGAUUUCGGCUACUGCAUCAGGCGGACUCAACUUGGACGUUUUCUGGAAUGCUAUAGAGCAGGGAUUCAAGGAUUUAGACACUUACAUCUAGGCCCCCGCCCAUAAAAUCCUUCAUCCAUCAUCCAUCAUCCACUAUGGCUAUGCACCACGCUUUUUUAAUUUGCCUUUCCCUCUACUCUUUCUUUUUUAUCCAUCUCAUGUUAUAUUUAUGCACGUUGGUGUGCAGUGCUCAAUAAUGGAUCACUCUUGCUCGAUCUUAUCUUCUUCU